GGUCGGGGGGAGUCAGCGAGGGUUGUCUCGCGAGGGUGAUCGACAUGGGGAGGUCAGAGCGCCGUCAGCAUGAGGCUGCCGCAGACCAUGUGCAGGACACAUUCAGGGCCCGCUCCCCUGUCUAUCCGUACCUGGUUGUGGGCCAGAAGGUCGACAACAAGGGGGUCAUGAUGCUCCGUUGCACGUUUUGCAACAAAGUUUUCCAAGGGACCCUGUUUCACGCCACGAGGCACUUCUCGCAGACAAACUACUGCAAGGACGUCAGCGACGAGGCGUUGUACGAGAUUGCUCGACGGACUCGGCAGAAGUUUGAGGCCGAUCAGAUGGAGAGGGUGUCGAGAGGGUGGCCACCAUCGUCCAUAUCAUGCAGCCCGUCAUGGAGUUUCGGUGAGGUCGCUUCCACGGGCGGCCCAGAGGCGCAGGCGACGACCCCCACUCCGACGAGGCGGGAUUCGUCCAUGCCGCCACCUCCUGCUCUGAGUCCUGCACCACGAUCGCCCGUCUCGCCACUUCAGCCGGACAGGGAGGAGUUGGGGUCCUCUUUGCCUCAGCGAGGCCUUCUCCACAGAGGCGGGGCAGUCUGCCAGCUUAGGUUACGGUCACCUUCCCCGGGGAUAGGGCAGGAGGAGGGGGGACCUUCGGCAGCAGCAGUGGAGAGCUCGAUGGCACCAGCGGCUGUGUCGGACGCGACGAUCGCUGCCGCGGUGGAGGAGAUAGCAGCAGCAGCAGCAUCAGCAGUGCUAGAGGAGAUGGCAGCAUCAGUGCUGGCGGAGGAUCCACCAGCGGCAGGAGGAGGUGCAGCAGUGGAGGGGCAGGUGGCAACAGCAAGAGGAGCAGGUGGAGGAGCAGCAGCAGUGGAGGUUGAGGUGGCAGCAUCACUGGAGGAGGAGGAUGCACCGUCGGCAGUUGCAGUGGAGGAGGAGAUAGCCGCACAGGCCGAGGUGCAGCGUGGGGGCGAUGACGAGCACCUCAUGCAGCAGUUCCUCACGGAGGAACUCGGUCCGGCCACAGCGGGUAUGACCCCAGUUUUGGGGUCCGAGCCGGUGGUUGUGCCCCCACGUCUUCCUAGCCACUUUGCUCCGCAGGAGGUCCGUCGUCCUUUGGAUGCAGAGGAGUUGGCGAGAGAGGCUGUGCGCGAUGUUACUCGCUUGGACCGGCGGAUCUUCGACCGGAAGCUCGAGCACCCACCGUGGCAGUCGAUCCCUUCGGUUCCAUGGGGUCCUGCGUCGCCCGUGUGGUCUGGGUCUACCUCCACUGGAGGACAUACCGCGGGACAUGUUCCAGGGGUUUCGGGCGGCGUGACGGAGACAGCGCCACGCACAGGAGACAUGCCACCCCCUCCUCCCAGAGCACCUGCAGGUGAUCCAUCAUCGUCACCCACAGGCAGAGGCUCUCGGUCCCCACACACGCCCUGGAGAUCUAGGAUUCGUGACACGACAGCAGUUCAGCAGGACGUGUGUGACAUGACGAUAUUCGGGAGGACAGAUAUACAUUUGGAUUCCACCCGCCGUGUCACGGAGCACACUGCACGCCUUCAGCCGGGCUUGGGAGGAGGAGGCGCUAGGACGACCACAGCGAGGGAGGUACCGGCAUCGGGUUGUGAGCCUCAGCGAGGUCGUGGCAGAGGAGUGUCGACCGAUACCUUGGAGUACGCUCUGAGAGCAACGAUGCGUGCCGUGCAGGAGCGGACUCCACGCAAGCGUGGAGUACCUCCUCGUCCACGCCCCGUGCCUGCAGAGGGAGGCGCAGCACUUGGAGAGAGUUCGGGGGCGGAGGGGUUGGGGAUGCCUCGUGGUUCCCGCCGUGAGCAGACCAUUGCAGAGGCUAGUGCGAGGGUUGUUGUGUUGAGGAAGGGAGGAGGCCCAGUCACCAUCGAGGAGGAUGAUCCUGAUACAGAUGCGGCUGUGCGGGAUGCGGACAAGGACUACGAGGGCGAGGAGGAGGGAGAGGAGGAUAGCAGGAGCGGUUCCGAUGGUGACGACGACGACUACGAUGAGCCCCCACCUUCCCCAGGACCCCCACCGACGCGUGCAUCUAGACGCUCCGCUGCACGGACUUCUUCAUCCUCACGAGGGAGGAAGAGGUUGACAUCCGACACUCGAGGGGGCACGAGGAGACACAGCGAGAAGGGGAAGAAGGGUCGUUGACCGAUGAGGCCAACACUCCGUUUCUCCCCUACUCGCACUGUACGUCGUCAUGUUGUGUGGUUGUAGUGUUUUGGUAGUCCGAGU